GGAAAAUCGUGUGUCAGUAAGCCGAAGUCAGGCAGCACAAGAGUCCGGACGCGGCAGAGGGCAGCACGGAGUAGGUCGUCUGCUGUUGAGGCCAAUCUCCUAUUCUUGACCUCCGACCCCGCCUUGAUGUGAAUGGUGCGAUGGUAGGGGGCAUCUACGAGGUGGUGCGGUUGGUGGGUGGCCUCGAGGGCAGCCACUUCACCACCGCCACCACCUCCACCACACCUCGCUCCAUCACCUCCGCCCUCGCCACAAGUGGUGGGGACAUCAUCUUAUACAGCUUCCGUGACGGGGUUUCCACCACCCAGCGGAUACCCUGGGUCACCGGGGAGAGCCGCCGACCAGCCGCCCUCGCCUUCAGCCCUACUGCGGAGUGGCUGCUUGUGGCCAGUGAGGAUGGCACUCUGUUCGUGGUGCCAGUCGAGGGCCACCUUGACCCGAGUGCCACCCGGGACCAGCGCUUCAAGACCGAUGACGUGCUGGUGCUGCCCCCAAACGGUAGCCGAGCGCGACCUUCCUCCCUCGUAUGGUGGCAAACGCUGGUGGGUGACGCCUCGCUGGCCAUCAUUGGUACGGAACUCGGUGAACUGUCCUUCAUCGAGCUGAGCAGUGGCAAAGAGGUUGGCGGCACAUACAUCACUGUCCCCGUCAGGCAGCUCCACCUCUGCCGCGAUAGCUCCCACGACACUGUGUACCUGCUGAUCACAGGCACCGAGGACAGACAAUGGCGCCUCGUCCUCGAACAGCGCACCAACCAGUACCUCUUCCCCCUGGAGCACAUCACCCCAGAGUGGCCGGACGACGACAGCGGACACGGCUCCAUACACCACCGCACCGGGCCGCCCCCUCGCUCCCGUCUCCUGGGCCUCAAGCAGCUGUCGGUGGAGAAGCUGCAGAUGCUGAGACAAAGGCUGGCCGAGGCGAAGACCGGGUCACGCCGAAAACCAUUGACGGAGAAUAAAGGAGUAGACACUUGCGACAUAGACGAGCUUGCCACCCCCACCUCCUCCGCCACCACCACCACCACCACCUGCACCCCCACUGCUACCACCACCACCACCACCUCCACCAGCACCCCAGAGCCAACCAUGACCACUUCCACCACUUCCAUUGCCUCAGCGGGGGACGGGGAGCCUGCGUCGCUGCCCCCGGUGGCCACCCGCCCGGAGAGGCUGUGCAAGUUCAUCCAUGACAUCGUGGCGACUCCGCAGUUCGCCAAGGAGAGACACUUGUUGGCGGGACACUGCAGAUUCAACAGCACUCUCAUGGUGUACAGCACGGACCUGGAGCAGACGCCGCUUUACGUGUUCAAGGUCAUCCCGGACGUGGACAAGGUGGUGUUGCAGGACGAGGUCAUCUUCCUCACCGACACACAGGUCACACGUCGGGUCACCCUCAUCUCCACCUUCUUCUCCUCCUCCUCCAAGAUUGACGGGACCAUAGACAGCAAGGUCAACCCCGUCAUACAAGAAAUCGAGCUUCCCGAGGACGAGAACAUCCUAUCCCUGCACUCUAGCCCUCCGCUGGUCGGCCCCGAGGAGGAGGGAGGGGGGUCAGGCCAGCGCUCCCCCAUCGGCAGACCAGGACAUGAGAGGGAGGAGGAGGACGAGGAGGAGGAGGAGGAUGUGGAGCUGCCCUCACACACUUGGCCUCACGGGUGCCUAAUCGUGACCUCCAAGGCUCUCUAUGUGUGCCAACCAAGGAUGAGCGUGGAGUCCCUCUUCAUGAACCUAGUGCUCAAGGUGGGCGACAUCGACAGUGCCAACAAGCUGGGCGUCAUCUUCUCCCUCGACCCCAAACUCUUCGAACUGGCGGCGGACGUCAAGCUCAAGUCACGGAACUUCAGCGCCGCCAUUGCUCUCUACAAACACUCUAGGUGUCCCCAUGUCAAGUGCUCCAUCAAGUUCGCGGCGCAGGGCCUGGUGACGGAGUUCCUCACCUACAUGGGCACCCUGACCAGCGGGGUGAGUGGGCCAGACCUCGGGGUGGAGGAGCGGCGGAACCUUGCCAACCUGGCCGUCAUCUGCCACCUGCACCACCUGUGUCUGCCGGGCGCCCACAAGCCGCCGCCGCAGCAGCAGGCGCUGAGGAACCUGCUGGUGUUCCUGCGUGACAACCAGUACUACGACGAGGUGAUGGCGCUGAGCCUGGCCGCCGUGUCCUGGCGCUGGGAGACCCUCCAGUACCUGGCCGCCUCCCGGGGGCUCUACCUGGAGAAGCUACGCCUCCUGCUGUCCUCCCAGUCCUCGCCGGUGCUGGACAUGCUGAGCCCUGAGCACCUAACGGUGCCGGGGCGGGGCGAGGGGCUCUUGGCAGUGGCCAGGGAGAGGGAGGCCGGCUACCUGCACUGCGUGUCAGACCCUGAGCUGCGGCAGGUGCUGCUGCUGCGGCCGUCCCUCGCACGGACACACAUCGCCCUGGUGCUGAGCCUGCUGGGCGCUGUGGAGCUGGCGGUGCUGCGGCGCCUGGCCGACCUGUACAACCCCACACAGCCAGCCAUCAGGCCCUUCCUGCAGGCCACCAAUGGCAGGAAGCAGGCCUUCCCACCCCUCUCUUCUGUGGUGCAGGGCUCCUGCCUGCUGCCCUGCGGCGCCGAGGAGCUGGUCACCCUGGAGGCCUUCAUCGAGGUGUUCCUGGCCGUCAUCAUCCAGCUCAACCUGCGCCGUGGGUGGCACUACAGCCCCGACCUGCUCUCCUACAAGCUGGACCCACCCAAGGAGACAGUGCCGGUGCCGGUGGACAAAGUGUGCCGGCAGGUGCUAAGCUGUGGGUACGGACACACGGCCAUCAUCAUCGGUGGCGCCCUCUACACGUGGGGACUCUCGGACUAUGGGGUGCUGGGACACGGCCCACGCUCCACCACCAACCCUAAGCUGUUUGCCGGCCUGGGGAUCACACUGCCCGAGGACCAGGAGCCCAUCCUGGCGGGGCCGCUGGUGGGGGGCCCCGUGCUGGCGCCUCUGAUGAAUGGGCGUGUGAUGCCCUCGGUGGUGGGGGACGGCUCAGAGCCCAGACUGGUGUCGUACCUCAGCCAGACCCAGGUGCUGAGCGUAGCGUGCGGCAAGAACCACAUGCUGGCCAUCACUGACAAUGGGAUCUACGGGUGGGGCAACAACAGGUACGGGCAGGUGGGUACGGGAUGCACGGGCAGGUGUCCUCGGCCCACCCUGCUGACGGCGCUGGAGGGGAAGGGCAUCAUCAGCGUCGCCUGCGGACAGUUCCACUCCCUGGCGGUCAGCGAGGAUGGAACGCUGUACACGUGGGGCUGGGGCGUGCACGGCCAGCUGGGGCAUGACAGCGUGGAGGACGUACACCAGCCCACCCCUGUAAAGCGCCUCGCCAAGAAGCACAUCGUGUCGGCUGACGGCGGGUAUGCACACAGCGUCACCAUGUCGGCCGAUGGGUGUGUGUAUGCGUGGGGGUGUGGCACGUAUGGGCAGAUCGGCAACGGGGGCAUCGUCAAGGUGUGCUACCCUGUGCGUGUCCCCCUCCCAGGCCCGGCAACGCACCUCACCGCCGGCUACUUCCAGAAUUUGGCCGUCACCCGCAACCACAAGGUAUACAUGUGGGGGAACAACCCGGCCUGUCUCCGCGUCCAGGCUCAGCUACAACGCCGCGCUCGCUCCUGCCAGGCGGCCGAGGCGGGGCGACGGAGCAGCGGGGGGGAUGUGCGACCGUGCGGCGAGAACGGGGGCAGCGAACGGGGGACGGUAUCCGAGGGGGCGUCACCCAGCGAGUCCCCACGGGAGGGCGUGUGUGGAGGCAUCAAUGGUGCUAGUGAUACCUUUGAGUCGGGGGAAGAGGCUGCCUCCCCAGGGGUCGAGGCCUCCCCCAGCCCCCCGGCACACCCAAGUACAACAGUAGAUGAUAGUGAAGACACCAUCACCACUCUCCCGGAGGACAAGGGGGAGGCGGGUGACAGUGCCAAGUCCUUUGUGAUUUCCCCGACCCCCUCCCCCGACAAGCUGGCGGGUGAGGGGGGUGGGAGUGGGGCUGGGGGUGCCGCGAGUGAGGUCCCAGAGGCAGCCAUAAACACCGUCACCCCGGACCAGUCUCGCGAUGGGGUGACGGAGACGCCGACGCCCACCACUGCCAACACCACGGCGGUCAACACUCCCAGCGUCAACGGCAACAUGCCGAGGACUGUCAGUGCCAACACAGUGCCAUCGUGUGACCCCAGCGACCUUGGCCACCUCUUGCCGCAGGAGGUGGAGAUGCCGCACGGGUUUGGGGCGGUGCGGGCGGUGGCGUGCGGAAGCCAGCACUGCCUCCUUCUGACCACCCACGGCGCCCUCUACUCCUGGGGGCGGAACAUGUCAGGACAGCUGGGGACAGGCAACAGGAGGGAGGUGAGCAGCCCGACACGCAUCAUGGAUGACGCGUACAUCACCGACGUGGCGUGCGGGGCGGACUUCACCCUGGCGCUGGAGUCUCAGGGGCAGCUCUGGGCGUGGGGAUCAAACUUCUACUCGCAGCUCGGCAAGAACAGCGCUGCGGAUGAUGACAAGGGGCAGGCGGGGCGCGUGUUCAUGCUGCGCACCACCAAGCGGGUCCUCAAGGUGCCCCACAGCGUACACUCCAACUGCGAGACCCCCAGACCUGUCAACGGCCUCCCCCCACACCCCGGCCCACCCCCUCCGCACUAUGGGAUCUCGGCCACCACGCAGGAAAAACCGCGGGACGGGAGCCACUGGUGGUUGAAUCGCAUUGACCUCAGCGGCGGGGAGGAGGCCAAGGAAGGGAUGGGAGGCGACGCAAGCCCAACGACGAGGGCGGACGAGCAGGACGACGGGGCUUAUGGGGUACGCGGCCUCCACACCGCCCUCGCUUUCUUCCACGGCUGCUACAACACCAAGAAUGUGACGACGAUGCUCCAGGAUGCCGAAGCCCACCAAGCACUAGCCACUCUGUACACUUUGGAGCGGCAGUACAGCCAGGCCAUGCACCACCACCUCUGUGCCCUACUGAAACAAGGCUCGGAGUUCAAUCGAAACGCCACUUCCACUUCCGCCACUGCCGCUAAAGAGGAGGAGAGAAGUGCAGCCUCCUCUACCACCUCCGCCACUGCCAGUCAAGUUGAAGGACGUAUCAGUAAGGAAGGGUCGACGGAGAGGCAGGGGAAGGGCAGGGACGGCGAGGCAUCUAGUCAGGAUGAGGACAAGGAUCCGAGCGUUAACCCACCCAAGACGCUGGUGGACGAGGCGGUGCGCAUCAUCGACUACUACCUGAGGCUACAGACGGAGGAGUCCCAGACCGGCAUGAGGCACGUCCUGCAGGAGGGUAUUUCUCUGUGGCUGUCGCACGCCCUCCCCCUCGGACAGCUGGAGGACCUCUUACUCACGCACCUCCCCCGCACUGUCUACCCCCUCGCACUCCUGCUCUUUGGCGAUGGAGCGAGUGGGGAGGCCGAGGAGGGGCAGGAGAAGGCGGGGGACAAAGGAGGGAGCCUGGCUGGAGGGGGUGAUCCUGCCCUCAAGGUGUUGGGUCAGCUGUCCACAAAGUUCUGCCUCAACCUCUGCACCUCAGUCAUCAGCCACCUACAGGCCGGCGGUGCGGGCGGAGAGUACGUGGAUGCAUUAGCGCGCGUGAGUGGGGUGCCGGGAAGCUCCGAGGGCGGCACCGAAGGCCAGUCACGAACGGCGUCUUUUAGCGAGGACCGGAGCAAGCUGGACGUGGCCCUCGAUGUCCUGGAGAAGAAGGGCACGGACGCGAUCACCCUGAAGCAGGAGGAUGUAGCGGGCCUGCAGAAGAGUGAGGCCGCCCAUGGAAGGAGGAGGGCUGACUCUCGGGGCUCCCUCUCCAAGCACAAGAGCAAGAGUAAGGAGCAGGACAAGGACUGUGUGUUGUUCACCUGCGGCCACCACUUCACACACAAGGAGUUUAAGACUCAGGUGCUGCCUCAGAUGGAGACCUCCGUGAUGACCGUGCCGGGGCUCCUGGGCAACACAGCGCGGGUUUUGCUGGACCAGUACCACAGCGACCAGCCGGAGAUGGCCUGCCCUCACUGCGUCCUGGCCCACCUCACCAUCAAGCUCACCAAACACAAGCAGAUGCAGUAGGAGGAGAGGUUUUUUAUACUCAGAUUUCACACAUAAGACAGGAGGCAUUAGUUCUCCUCACCAAAAGGUAUGGAAGAGGAGGAGGAGGAGGAGGAGGAGGAAGAGAAGGAGGUUUUUGUACUCAGAUAUCACACUUACAACAAGAGAAUCAGCCUUCCUCAGCACUCCUAAACAAUGUGAAAGAAGAAGAGGAGGAGGAUAGAAGGAGGACGAGGAGGUUUUUGUACUCAGAUAUCACACUUACGACAAGAGCAUUAGCCCUCCCCAGCAUUACUAAGAAGAAGAGGAGGAGGAGGAGUAGGAGGAAGAGGAAAAGACAAAAGGUAGUGGAACAUAUCAAUGGGAUCAAAAACACUACAUACCUCACAACAUACUACAUGGAUACAGCGAUAUAUGGAGUGCAGUGAAAUAGCGGUUUGAAGGGCAAGGACAUGCGUAGCCCCGAGCCUGUAACCUUAGACAUAUCAGCACCUCGGAUGACCUGUUUGAAGAGGCUCUCGUUGAAGUUACCGGGACUUUCAUGGGUUGUUUUGUGAUCCUGGUGAUAGUUUGCAGCUCGGCCGGGAAAAUCACCCAUGAAAACCUGGUUAAUCUUCCCUGUGGCCUCGGAAAGCAGUCAAACGGGGAGCCUGAUCUGUUUUGAGGAUAUGGACUACUUGUGUGCUGUAUGGUGAAAGAAUAUGGCGUGUAACGGGGCUUAUGAAUGGGAGUCAGGAAACGCAAUGGUGAGGUUCUGUGUUGCGUUAGUUGUGUUGAUAUGUUUGAGGAUACGGACUUGCAUGUCGUAUGGUGAAAGAAGAUGGUUUGAAAUGGGGCUUCUGAAUGGGAGUCUGGAUACGCAAUGGUGAGGUUCUGUGCUGUGUUAGUUGUGUGUGAAGGAGACAGACGAUAACAGCAAUGGUGUGCGAGAAUGUGUCCUGCGGUGGAAGAGGAAGAUGGCUUGGUAGGACGUCUUAAGUGGAAGUCCAGGUUAUCGAGGACAUGAUGGUUCUGUGAGGUACUACUUAGGUGGAUCAAUGAGUGGAAGAAAUUCAGGUAGGAGUUUAAAGA